AUGUAUAUGCAUCGAACGGUUAACAAUGAUUCCAUUCAAGGUUGGUUCGAAAAAUCAGUACAUAUUCAGCGUGAAGGUAUGGGUGGAGUAUCAGCAGAUGAUUUUCCUAUUGAUUUUGUACCAGAUUAUUUAUGGGGUGCAGCAGUAGUAUAUCCGUCACAUAUAAUAUCGAAUCAAUUGAUUGGCGCUAUAUUUAAUUCAACGGUACCUAUAUUUUUUCGUGAUGAUGUUUUCAUCAACGGACUUAUGGCUCAACAAGCUGGAAUAAAACGAGAACAUAUGAAAGGAAUUUUUUGUUUUGAUCCAAUAGAAGAUGAUUUAGAUUCGAACAUGAUUGUCAUCGAUUUUAAAAACGAAGAAGCUCGUGAAAAUACGUGGAGUUGUUAUAAAAAUGUUAUCAAAUACGAUACAAAUCUGGCAUCAUUAUCACUACCGGGUGUGGCAAAAUUUUUGCGAAAUUCUUUGUUUUGCAUACAUCUGUUUUCAGGAACGUGA